GCCGUAACAUCGAAACUGCGCGUGCACAUGCGUGCGACUGCAACGAUUCGACCCGAUCGCUGUGUACCGUUCGUUACUUGGUUUAUGAUCGGUGGUGUCAGGUAGUGGCCGAACAUUUUGUUAGAUUACUGUUUCCAGAAGUUUCUGCACCCUCCUCGGCCAAAUUCCUCGCUAAAAUUUACCUCGUCCCGUCCGGUCCAAGUGACCGCGUUUCUCCACUCUCAACUAUCGAUCGUAAUUUCUCGUUUUUCUUUUCCCACAAACAGUUCGUCUGACUGUUUCUCAAAAUGUCCUUUUUCGGUUCACUGAUGGGCGAUCUGAACGACGAUCCUAUUUUCGGGUCUCAUAUGCAAUCUAUGAGCCACAUGAAUGACAUGAUGACUUCUCUGUUCAAUGAUCCGUUCGGUAUGAUGGCUCAUCCUCGCCACAAUGCUAUUACACAUGCCAGUCACAGGGACAGAGGUCGUCAGGACGAGCUUCAAAUAUUGCCAUUUGGAUUUCCAUCGUUUCAUAAUGUGUUCUCAAAUUUUGAUAAUAUGGCACAAAGCACAAAUUGUCAUUCCUUCACUUCAAAGUCUGUAAUGACAUUUGGUACAGAUGGACACCCACAGGUUUAUCAAGCAACCAUGUCCACAACGACUGCUCCUGGUGGUGUGAAAGAAACGAAGACAACAGUUUGUGAUUCUCGUACUGGAACAAAGAAGAUGGCCAUUGAACAUCAUAUCGGAGAUAGAGCACAUAUCUUAGAGAGGGAACACAAUCUGCACAGUGGUGAACAGGAAGAGCGUGAAGAAUUUAUUAAUCUUGAUGAAGAGGAAGCAGAAAGCUUUAAUAAUGAGUGGGAGACACGUGUUCGUCGUUAUCAUGGUGGUAAUUCUCACUAUAAUAGUCAUGGUCAUCGAAAUCGAUCUGAUCAUAGGCAGCUGGCUUUACCUGAUCCAUCAGGAAGUUCGAGUUCUUCCAAUUGUAUUGAAGAUACUAAAUCUGCGUCAGCUGCAACUACAACCGCAAUAGGAAAUCGAAAACGUAAACAUAUACCGGAUAAUAAAGUCUGCAAAAAGUGUCACGUUGUACCAGAUAGGAAUGUGUAGAUCCUCUAUUCAACUAUUCAGACUACUAUAUUGCUGAUGAUAUUACAGAACUUCGGUAAAAUUCGUAUCGUUUAAUAAAAUUACGUUGAAUCUAGAAUAGUUUUAUUAUCAAUUUCUUAUAUCACGUUCCUAUAGACUUAAACAGAUUGUAGUACAGUUUUCUAAUUUCCGCAUAUUUUCUGCAAAUAAAAAUUUGAAGGAUACAUUUGUAUUAGGUAUUUUUAACAGUGAGUGAUUUACCGAAGUUAUGCUGCAGUUGUUUUCCAUUUUACAUAUAGACUUACUGUUUCGUAGAAUCUUUACGAAUGACAACAUAUAUGUAGAAAGUCUACGAUAUGAAAUAAUAUAUAUCAAUGUGUACGAGUAUGAGAGUAAGAAUGUCAAAAAAUAUUUUCAUUUUGUAUAUCUAUGUACGUCACAAAAAAGGUAUGCCGUAAAAUUUAAUUUAUCAAUAAAAAUAUACUUUGUAGUUGAAAUGUUAUUGAGGUUUAUCAGACUUUCGUGAAUAACUUCAGUUUUAGUCAUUUAGCUCUUUAAUAUCAAAAGAGCAUUCGAUUUUAAGAAUAUGUUAAUAUAUUCACAAUUUUAAAUGAGAAUGAACAUAUUUUGGGGUAGUAUAUUUAUCAAUAAAUGUACAAUUUAAUGUAAUAACUUUUGUCACU